UAAUAACAACACAAAAUUAUUACGUUUAAAAUACAUUUUCAAAUAUUUUAACUAAUUUUGUAAUUAGAAAUGAACAAUUAAUAUAUAUAUUCAGUUAUCUUUUAUAAAAUGAAAAAAAAUCUAUCUUAUUUUAUCUAUUUAUAAUCAUAAUCAAUCAUAUUAAAAUAAAAUAUCAUAUUGAACUAAAAGUGAUAAAGUUAUAAUAAAGUGAUCAAUUUAUAAAUUUCACUUUUCAUAAAUAUAAAAUAUUGAUAUUAAAAAUAUAAUAUGAUGACAUAACGACUUAAUAUUAACAAACUAUAUAAUACAUGUAUAAAAUUAAAAAAUUUAUAUGUACAAUAAAAUAUAAUCUAAAAUGAAUAAAAGUAAAAAAUAUUGUUAAAAUGAAAUCCAGCUUUCAAAGACGGGUUAUAAUUUAGGAUAAAUUAAAUACAAAAUAAUUUUUAAAUAUAUUAUUUCAUGAAUAUAUUAAUUUUUUUAAUAUUUAAAUACAAAUACAAUAAGAUAAAUAUAUAAUAAGAAGCAACAAAUACAUAUGACAGAUUAAAAAAAUUAAUUAACUAUAACAUAUAAAAUAAUUAAAUUAUUGCAUCUAAAAAUAGUUAUAUAUACAUUUAAAUUUAUGAUUAAACUUUUAAAAAUGUAUGCUAUUAAAGAUCUAAAAUAAAUAUCUACCUAUAUAAAACUAAAAACAAAUAUCUGCGCGGUUGUACGGGUCGAGAUCUAAUUGAGUACUUAAACUAAUUAUCUAUUUACAUGAAAAAUUACCUAAAAUAAUUAGUUUGAUAUAUAUUUUGGUAUUUGGUCAGUAUCGAUGUUUUAUGGUUUGAAGAGUGCAUUUGAAUUUUAAUUCUAAAUAUAGUUUCUCCUGAAGUUUAAAUAAUUUUGUUUUAUUUUAGUGUUUCAAUAAUAUUAUUUACAUUUAUAGAAUUGCUAUUUGUUAAUCUUAAUAUGUUUACCUAUUAUUAUAUAUGAUUCUCGUUUGUACAAUGCUUUGGUAUGCCAUGAUAUUGCCGCGUACAUAAAUUAAUUGAAAAGAUAGAAAAUAUAUUAAAUUUAGUCAAAUACAAAUUAAUAUUUUUGGAAUCAAUAAUCCUAGUAAUAUCCGAAAAGAAACUAUUUUGGGUUCAACCAGAUCUUGGACAUGUUCUCAAAUCCAAUGCAACUAAACUUAAACUGAAUCCGACCAGAAUGUUUUAAAAUAUCUGGAUGGAAUCGAAAUUUUGAACCGAAAAAUAAAAAUGAAUAAACCUGAAUCGAAACCGAUUGGGAUCAGAUUGUUUAGUCCUCCUAAUCCCCGAAGCAAUUUUCUCAAUGGACUUAAACUGAAGGCCCAUUAUCUGAACAUGGUUGGUUCAGCCAUUUUCGUCACAUGAAUUGGUUUAUUCUGAUAUAAAAGGGGAAGUUUAUUUUGUUGCGGAUAAAACGGGAAAGUUGCUGGAAAGGAAAGCAACGCGUCCCCGAGUCAGACAAGCACCAGAAGUAGAAGAAGAGUGGAAUCAUUGGAAUUAACGAAGAACUAAAGGAAAGAUAGCUAUGAAGAGCUCGUAGCUUUGACUGGGCCUACGGAUGAGUUUCCUUUAGAUUCUUUGUUUGGUUUUACGUACUAGAGUUGGCACUGUAAAAGCUCUUUGCUUACAUCUACAAUAAAGAGAAAAAAAAGAGUCCUGAAGCAUUUGAUUAGGGUUUCCUGUGAGUGAAAAACGGCCCGGAUUGAGAAGAAGAGAGGAGAUCUAGAGCAAACAUGUCAACGCAAAACACUGCAUCUUCUUCACUUCCUACUCAAAGGCUUUUGGGUAAAGUGGCUCUGAUAACUGGAGGGGCCACAGGGAUAGGUGAGAGCAUUGUUCAUCUCUUCCACAAGCACGGCGCUAAAGUCUGCAUCGUCGAUCUACAAGAUGAACUCGGAGAUAAACUAUGUAAUCGUCUGGCCGUGGAUUCGGCCUGUUUCAUCCACGGUGAUGUUACAGUAGAAGACGACAUUAGCAAAGCCGUUAACUUUACAGUCAACCGUUUCGGGACACUUGACAUACUCAUCAACAACGCGGGUCUAAGCGGAGCACCGUGUCCGGACAUCCGUAACAACAGUUUAAGUGAGUUCAACACGGUCUUUGACGUGAACGUGGAAGGAGCUUUCCUAGGGAUGAAACACGCAGCUCGUGUAAUGAUCCCGGCCAAGAGCUUGGACAGCAUGGGAUACGUGGAAAGAGUAUCAAAACAUUAGUCACUUUCUCUCUCUAAAACUCUCUCAAAUCUAAGUCGUACGUUUUGCCUCCGGCCGGCGCGUCUCGUUCUUCCCGUCGCCGGAGGGCUGCUUCUUCCCCUUACCCUCGUUUUAUCUUUGCCUCUUCUCUCCCCUUCCGUCUCCCUCCGAUAUGCAAGUGUCCCUGGAGGUUCGAGCUUCGCCGGCGUAGGUUCCUAGGCUGAAAUCGGAGGCCGUUUUGAACUUCUGGUGACACGGCGAGGUAGGUGCAGCGGAGGUAGGAGGUUUGGGUCGGCUUUUGGGUCGGGAUUCGCUGGUUGUCGUCUUUCCCCUUUUAGAUCUCCGGCGAUUCCCGGCGUUUCGCGGCGCGUGCUCUGGACAGGAGGCUCCUCUGCUCGGGAUCUGUUCGUUUACCCGCUUUCUCAGUCUUCCGUCGUCCCGGCGGAGUGGUGCGGCGGCGCGUGAUCUCUUCCUGCGCUUGGUGUCUUGUCGUAGGGAGGUCUCGAUGUCCAAUGCUCAGUAGGUGCGGUGUUGUGCAUCAACGCCGGCGCGUUUGUAGGAAUGGUUGGUCUCGUCGUGUGUCGUCCCUGGCCGUUUCUCAAUUUGGCGUGUGUUUCUGUGUCUUGGUCUCCGGCAACAAGUCGUCUAUGGCUUGGGCUCGGGCCUUGUUCGUGGUGCUGCUUUCUUGUCCUCCUCCAGUAUCGGCUCUCCUCCUUAGCGCUCGUGGUGGUUCCCGUCGCGAAGAAUUCUCCUCGAGUCAUCUCCGGUGCCUAUUUCUUCGGCUAUGCUUCAAUGUCUUCAUUCAAUUUCCGGUUUCAAGCCGGACGGUUCCUCUGGUGCUCAGAGACUGUCCAUGACGAGACUCUCUUCUCCGCUUGGUCUAGGGUGUGUCUCGUGCUUCCAUGUGUUUGAACCCAUCAUCCCAGCACUAGAACCAAGCGCCCGGGCGUUCCUGUGUUCUGGUGGGUGUGUUCUUCCGGCUAGUUUGGUGGUUCCGGGGUACUGAGUGUGGAAGUGCAGCUGCUUAACAAACCCCAUUAUUUCAGGUUAUUUUCUUUUCUUCAAUCCUUUUGGAUUGUGCCUUCAUCGUUUGGAAUUUAGCCUUGGUUUGUAUGUCGGAUACGUCCUCCUGGACUCCCGUUCUGGUCAUGGUUGUGGCAAGAGAGUUAGGCUUGUUGAGGAUGGCGGUUCCCCUUAACGCUUCAGUCCAACUCAAUUACAUUGCUUUGCUAGACGGUUAGAAAAAGGGAGGCUCGUGUGGAUCGAACAGCUGUGUGUCGGCGCUAGUUUUUGAGAGAAAGUUUGAUUGCAGUGGUCAACUAGACUUUGGUUUUGUUGGCGUCGUUGGCCGCGGCCUUUUGGUAAUGACGAGAAUCGGUGACGAUACUCUGAACCUUUGGUUUUUCCCUCCCACUGUUUUUCUAGAUCUUUUUCUCCAUGGGCAUAAAUGAUAAGCCUAAUCUAUUUGUAAGAUCCACUGUUUAUUUCGACGACUAGCCGGAGGUCUUGUUCCGGUUUUCAGGUUUCGGAUUGAUUAUAUAAUAUAUCUAUAUUU